CUCCCGCCCUCCCUCCCUCCCCGCGCAGCAUUCAGCUCGCAGGAGCCGCUGGCCACGUCUCCGGACCCGGUGCCAGUACCCGAGCGGCGACGCGCGUCCACGGGGCACCGACGGCCGACGGUAAACGGCCAGGGUUCUGCUUCAGAAGCUCAGCUCCACCAAGGACGGUAAAGAGAAAGACCUACAUUGAGUCCCGAACACAGGCAGUGAUCCUCAGCCAUCAUGCUGCGCUGCAGAGUGAACCUCAGCACCAUGAUCUUCCUGGUCAUCCUUCAGGGGGCAGCGGUGGUCCUAUUCUGCGGCUGGUAUGUCCAGCUCAGUCCCUGCGGCUCUGCUCCCCCCAACGACAAAGUUCACGUUCUGCUGUUGUCCUCGUGGCGAUCAGGCUCCUCCUUUGUGGGUCAGGUGUUCAGCCAGCACCCAUCUGUCUUCUAUCUGAUGGAGCCGGCAUGGCAUGUGUGGACCAAUAUCCAGAAACACGGUGCGCGGGUUCUCCGAAUGGCAGUAAGGGAUCUGUUGCGAAGCGUAUUUCAGUGUGACUUUUCCGCGAUGGAGGCCUACCUGUCAGAGAAGCACCAGGUGUCCUCCUUAUUUAUGUGGAGUCACAGCAGAGCACUAUGCUCCCCGCCGGCCUGUCCUCUGACACCACGUGGCCAAUUCAGCAACCAGACUCAGUGCUUCAAUGCAUGUGGUACCCAUGGCCUGCAGGGGGCGGAGAAGGCUUGUGGCACCUACAGUCACGUGGUACUGAAAGAAGUGAGAUUCUUUGAGCUGGAAUCCCUCUACCCGCUCUUGCAGGACCCAAGCCUAAAUCUCCACAUCAUCCACCUGGUCCGAGACCCUCGGGCUGUAAUGCGCUCCAGAGACGAGUUAGCCAAAGCCUUCAAUAGUGAUAGCGCCAUCGUCUUGGAGCAGAAAAACAUACCAGCGGCAGAGGUGCAGUACCAAGUCAUGCAGGAGAUCUGCCGAAGCCACAUCUGCAUUAAUGAGAGGGCCAUGCUGAAGCCCCCCCCGUUUCUAAAAGGCCGUUACAAGAUGAUCCGCUAUGAGGACGUGGUGCGCAACCCACUUGAGGAGAUAACUGCCAUGUACGAGUUUGUGGGUCUGGAGACGACCAGCCAGUUGGCGGAAUGGAUCUACCGAGUGACUCAUGGAAAAGGAAGAGGCACCAAGAAAGAGGCCUUUGAUAUCACCUCGCGGAAUGCCGCCGACGUCUCCGAGGCUUGGCGUACCACGCUGCCACACAACAAGGUCAGACGCAUCCAGGAGGUGUGCAAAGGGGCCAUGUCGUUGCUCGGAUACAGGACUGUUAACAGCGAAAAAGAGCAGAAGCGACUCGACUUUGAUCUACUGGUGCCACAGGAACCUUACCAGUUCAGCUGGCUGCCAGAGAAAACAGACCGUCCAAGUGACGGUUAAUUCGAAUAUCAAACACACCGCCAGACUUUGUUUGACCGACGUCUGUGUGCUUUAAAGCAGGGGUGUCAAGCUAAUUCCAGGUUCGGGCCAGAUACCGCCCAGCGGAUAUGAAAGAAGCAGAAGCGACUGCAUGCUUCGGCUCCCCGAUGAGGACCUGUCUGUAAUUCUCACAAUAGCAAAGUCAUCCGGUAGUUUGAUAUAUGGGCUUUAAAGGGUUUAAUUGCGGUAUACUUGUGUAAUGACCGCUAUCUGAGAUUAACCAGCAAAAUUGUAGGGAGGAGAUUUGCAUACAUUUGGGACUAAACAAAACACUGUACGGUUCCCUUUUUUAACCUGGCAUCUGUUUGACUGUCUGUGGGAUAAACUUUGCUUCAUUUACUUGCAUAUAGAGUUAAUUCAUAUUUUAUCUUAAUUCAUGGAAUAAUCAUUUUUCCUUAACUAAAAAUAAAAAGAAUUAGAUCAAGAUCCA